UAUUUCUUCAAUUGCACCAUCGAUUGCAUGUUUGAACCAUCUGAAUUCUUUGCGAUAUAUAUAUUCUUCCAAUUCCCUCUGGUUCAUGUAUUCAGCUGAUGGUUUUUUCAACGUCCCUAGGAAGAGAAUGAUCCUGCCCUAAAUGUUUUAUCUGCUGCGUUUGAGAUAUAAAAAUUGACCUAAUUCUUACUGAACUUUGCUACUCAUAUUAUUUCCCCGCAUCUACCUCAUCAUUUCAAGGCUUUCAAUUUUCCUCAGGUUAAGAGUGCAGCAGUGGAUUUCGUCAUUGGCUUUUAUCCCUUUAGUCUCUAUUCCUGCUUGUCAGCCCUAUCACUUCCGUUUGCAUUAUAAUCAACGCUUUCCCAUUUAAAUUGCUUUCGUAUUGUCUGCACAAUGGGACGGAAGCCAGAUGUUGAUGGAGAACGGUCAGAUACUGAUACCGAGGUGCAAAUCCCCAUGGAUGCUCCUCCAGCAUAUACUCCGACCGCGAGUGUGAGCCCUCCGCCACUCUCUUCCAAUGAUUCGGCAAGGGCGGUGGAUGAACGGUCUCGUGAGCAUUUCCAUAUUGACAAUUCGGAUCACGGCAAUUAUAAUCAUCAAUCUCGGCCACCGGCUCCAUCACACGAUUAUGACAACCACCAGCAAUCUUUCAACGACUACGACGCUCCUGGUCCUGUUUCCGCUCCUGGAUAUCCUGGAUACUCCAGAGAAAAGGGGCCUGCGCCUAGCUAUUCCUCUCAGUCUGCUGUGGCAGACUCGAAAUUCAUCCGACAUCCAUCCAAUUCUCAAACUCAAACACCGGAGGUGCGGGCCUAUUAUGCUCCCUCCCCCAUUUACCCUCCCCAAGGCGCAUCUCGUCCUCUACAACCGGAAUCAGUACAACAGGGACACCUACUGAGACCUUCUCCGUCCGGGCGACGCCAUUCUGACUCCUCUGUCUCCUCGCUGUCCUCCUUCUCCUCGUGGUCCUCGUCAUCGUCUGAUUCUGAUUCCGACUCUGACUCUGACUCCUCAACAACCGCAAGACAGCGCAAGGAAUCGCGAGAUGCAUACCGCGCUCUGCAAGCAGACUUGUACAGACAAAAGUCAAUUCUGGAAAACACAUUCCAUCUAGGUAAGGCCGAGCGCAAAGCGCAAUACAAGGCACUCAAAGCGGCGCAUAAAGCAGCUCGAAAAGAUAGAAAAGCUGAGGUCAAAGAACGACGUAAGGGCCGCAAGGAGAUGAAAAGGGAGAAUAAGAAGGCAUAUCAACAUGCGAAGAGGGAGGAUAAGCGUGCCAAAAAGGCGGAAAGGAGGGAGGAAAAGAGAGCGAGGAAAGAGGUGAGAAGGGGAGACGACAGAUGGCUGAGGGAUCAGAAGCGUGAAGAGGAACGCAGCAGGAGAAGGCUGAUGAGAGAGAUGGAGAGAACAGGAGGCUUUGGUGACGUGGCAACCAUGGCCAAUACGGCGAAGAUGGGGAGAGCGGGAAGUAGCGUAAACCCGGAGGUGAUUCCGCAUCAGGGACCACCCCGUGGGGAGGCAUCUGAGUUUGGGUCGUUGCGGACUGGGCUUCCCCAUGGUUAUUCCUUUCCCUCUGGUGGCCGUGGCGUUGGUGGCGGUUAUGGACAUGAUCGAGAUGCAACACCGUGGAUGCCAUCCUCGGGAGGAGUGCUUGGAGGAAGCCACAAUGUCAGUGGUACCAUGGGAUGGAGCGGACAACAACCACAAUCACAACAGCAGCAGGAAACUGGAGUGAUUCGGGGGGAAGCGGAGAAGUGAAGAGGGUCCAACGUGAAACCUAGAAUCCUGUUCAGUGGCGAUACGUACGUGACCCUCCUUCCAUUUCGCUUCCAUUUUCCUCAUGUUCAUCUUGAUCUGUGUACUACAGUGACCUCUAAUUAUUUUUCUUGCCUUGUUUACGCUGGGGAUAACUAAUUUCAAUACGCUGGUUUUUCUUUUUUUCUUUUAUUAUUUCUUCCUUUCUGUUCACUAAUAUUAAUACUUUUUCUGGCUCUAUGCAAAACAAGGCAUCUGACUCUGCAGCAUAAAGAGCAGUUUUAGUUGAGGGAUGUCUCCUAAUCUAAGAUGGACUCCAAGUUACCAUACAACGGUAUAAGAAGCAAGAACCACACAUUUCUCGCCACAGAUGGUCACUGCACUCUACACGCCGCGGAC